CAACCUCUAGUACGUAGAUGACAUUGCGAUCCAGUCUGCAGCGAAACCUCAGGAUUUGAAAUCUUAACCAAACUGCCUGCAGGUGGUUGGCGUCAGGUGUUUUCUCCGCAACGUCUUUGAUCUCACCACUGCAACUCUCCCUCUUUCAACCACCCGCUGUCCAACAACAGCAUACCCACAACAGAAAUAAAUGACAACCGUCAUUAUGGAAAAACUUCCAUUACACGCUUACGACGUCCCUACGACGGAUUCCGCUGUCCCAUCCCAACCGCCGCGACGCCACCGGGUUAUUGCAGGUCUCGGACGCAGCCUGGCCACGCUCCUCCUCUGCUUCUGCGCCUACGUCUGGAUCAACGAGCUACUCCCUGAAACUGGAAGCGAAAAUGAUUUCUUCCGGUCUGCCUCCACAGGUCCAGAAUCACAGCCCAAGCUGUCCGACAAUCAAAAGGUUCCUCUGCAAGCUCACGUCAUGAGCAAAUGCCCGGACGCGCGGGAUUGUCUACGGCAGCUGGUUGUGCCGGCGAUGGAGCAAGUCAGCGAUUUGGUGGAUUUUGACCUGGAUUUCAUCGCCAGUGUAUCCAACCAAUCCUCCGCAAUCGAAUGCAAACACGGCCCCGAAGAGUGUAUCGGCGACAUCCUUAUCCUCUGCGCUGCAAACCUCCCUUUCCCUCCUGACGCCGGCGAAGUCACCCCCGAUACCCCUCGCACACCUACAAUUCGAUCCCUGGGCUUUGCCACCUGCCUUAUCAGCGAAUACGCCCGCAUCCCCGAGCGGGAGUUUGUCGAACAAUGUGCCUUGGAGCACGGCAUCGAUUUCCAUUCCCUGAAUGAAUGCGCAAGUCAGCAGGAAGAUGAUCCCGGUGAUGGUCAACACCCGCCGCUCAGCGGUAUUGCAUUGCUCCGGAAGAGUGCUCUUCAUAGUGCGGAGCUGGGCGUGACUACCAGCUGCACCGUUCGAGUGGAUGAUUCGGUCUGGUGCGUCCGGGACGAUGGGUCAUGGAAGGAUUGCGGCAAAGAUGAGGAGAACAGCAAAGUAUCCUCGCUUGCUGAAGAGGUGAAGAAGCGAUACGAGGGGAAUAAUUGAUUUCCCAGGCUGCUUUCGAUUAAUGAUUGAUGAUGAAUUAUGGUUAAUGGGCACUAAAUUGAAUUUGUCUUUGCAUACGAUAACGACUGUGGUUUAUGCUUGAUUACUCCCAAACAUAAUCAUAAUGACAGGGCUAGCUUCUCUGCAAAUAGCCACUCCGAGUUAUCCUCGAUGAACAUGUUUAACAUUCACUGGAAUAUCACACUCUUCGCUAUGUCUGCCA